AUUGAGUUAAAGCCACGACGCUCAAAUGCGCUUUUUGAGUCUUUUGGUGUCUUCUUGGACCAAGCUCUAUGAAGGGAAGAGUGGUUUUUUUGCCAAUGAUUAUCACUUCCAUGCAAGCAUGCAAGCUUGAGUGCACUGCAGGGCGACACGCCUUAUUGUGAACCUGAGGAUAGAGCAUUAAGCUCUUCCGACUAGCGGAAGCUGAACGGACGGCGAGACAUAAGCUGGGCAAGAGAAUGCUCAUCGCUCAUCAUCUGCUCAAAUAUACUGAUUUGUAUUCACAAUAAUGAACUUUGGCGCCCCCAUAAACACUCAACUUCAAUUCUCAACACACAGUGAAUCAAGUAAAUGAGAAGCACCGCAAAAGUGUAGCUAACAAAGAUUUAGCAAGCACCGCAGAAGUGUAGCUAAGAAAUAUCUAGCAGCUCUCUGAAAGAAUGCGCUCUCGCCUUGGCUGCUAAGUGUCGAAACUGCCUGCUGAGUCUUUGUGUCGGUACGGUGGUGGCAACAAGCCGUAGAUCCUUUUUCCUGUACCACCAAGUAAAAGUCAUUGUCUCUACAAUGAAGAUCAUUCACCGGGACAAAGAUUUGCGUGAUGGGGUCGGCGGUUCCAUCAAGAUGGUUCCAGAAGAGGCGGAAGACCUGUGGCAUGCAUACAACCUCAUUCUGGUGGGAGAUCAAGUUACCGCCACCACAGUCAGGAAAGUACAAAAGGAAAGCGCCUCUGGUUCGAGUGACUCAGAGCGCGUUCGGAUGAAAUUGUGCAUACAGGUCGAGGCCGUCGACUUCGACGCGACUGCCUCCGUGUUACGGCUGCGAGGGAAGAAUACCACCGAGACUGAGUAUGUCAAACUAGGGGCGUACCACACGUUAGAGCUAGACCUUCAGCGCGCGUUUACAAUAACAAAGGAGUCGUGGGACUCCUUAGCUCUCGACAGGGUUAAGCAGGCCUCGGAUCCCACAGCAAACGCCGACCUAGUUGUUAUCAUGAUGCAAGAGGGGCUCGCGCACAUUUGCUCAAUAGGGGGGAGCGUCACGGCCGUACGCGCAAAGAUCGAGACGUCCAUACCACGGAAACGAGGGCCCGCGAUUGCCGGCUAUGACAAGGCAAUCAACCGCUUCUUCGAAAAUGUGCUACAGGCCGUGAUUCGGCAUGUUGACUUUGCCGUCGUGCGGUGUCUCAUCAUAGCAAGCCCAGGCUUCACGAAAGACCAGUUUCUGGAGUACAUGAAUCUUGAAGCGGUCCGGAAAGACAUUCGGCCCAUCAUAGAAAACAAGCAGCGGAUCAUUCUCGCGCAUUCCUCCUCCGGCUACAAGCACUCUCUGAAAGAGGUCCUGACGAACCCCGCCGUGGUCACCCAAAUGAAGGACACUAAAUCCUACAAGGAGGUCCGAGCUCUCGAGGACUUUUUUGCCAUGCUUUCAAGUGACCCUGCGCGCGCAUUUUACGGGCCACGCCACGUGGAGGCCGCCCAUGAGCGGCUAGCAAUUCAAACACUGCUACUAACGGACGAGCUCUUUAGAAAUGCGGACGUCCAGCAACGACGGCGGUACGUCGAGCUCGUUGACAGCGUCAAGGACAGCGGGGGGGACGUGCACAUUUUCUCGUCAAUGCACGUGUCAGGCGAACAACUCACGCAAAUGACCGGGAUAGCGGCAAUCUUGCGGUUUCCCUUGCCAGACCUCGAGGACAUGGAGCUAUAACGCUUGCUGUUGCAGUCCUUAUUGCAAUAAGACCAUUCAAACCCGCUGUCAAAUCUUCGAAACCGUCGAUGAUCGAGCCAAAGCUCUUGGGAGCCUGUCCUUGAAACAGGAUCGGUCGACUUCACAAGCGGCAUCCAUUUACUCGUUGCAAUUGCACGGUUGUGUAACAUUGACCUCUUUAUUACCGGCUUUGCCGCAAAGAGGAGAUUGCAGGCCAUGUUAAAACAUGAUCAUUGAAGCCUAGGGCCACGUACGAGCUGAUCUGGUGGAAGGGUGAUGGUCUUGCGUUCAUGUAAGCAUGUGCG